ACAACGCCAGAAACCAGCAUUGUGAUUGUGGGCGUGGACCGGGCGUGAGGCGUACUUCGCGACUGCUCAAACGCAUGCGCCACAAAGUCAGGGUUGGUUUCAGUGCAGGGUCAGAGGGAACAGCUGCUGUCACUUCAGAAGCCUGGUUGUCCAUCCAGCAUCAUGGGAAAGAAGAGUCGAGUGAAGACUCAGAAGUCAGGCUCAGGAGCUAUGGCUGUGGUUUCCCCCAAGGAGAUGAUGAACCUGAUUGCUGAACUGUUGCAGAAAUGCAGCAGUGCAGCAGCGUCUGCUGGUAAAGAGUGGGAGGAGUACAUCCAAAUAAGAGGCUUGGUGGAGAGAAUCCGCAAAAAGCAGAAGGGCAUGUCCAUUGUGUUUGAGGGCAGCAGGGAGGACCACUUCCCUGAACUGAUGUCUUGGGCUAAGGAAAAUGGGGCCUCCUGUGAAUGCUUCACUGUGGCCAACUUUGGGAAGGAAGGCUAUGGCCUGAGGGCCACCAGAGACAUCAAGGCAGAGGAACUAUUCCUGUGGAUUCCCAGGAAGAUGCUGAUGACAGUGGAAUCGGCACAGAACUCAAUAUUGGGUCCUUUGUAUAGCCAGGAUCGGAUCCUGCAGGCCAUGGGGAAUGUGACGCUGGCCCUCCACCUGCUAUGUGAGCGAGCCAACCCUGCUUCCUUCUGGCUACCAUACAUCCGCAGUCUUCCUCAAGAAUAUGACAUACCUCUGUACUACCAGCAAGAGGAUGUGCAGCUCCUACUGGGCACACAGGCUGUGCAGGAUGUCCUCAGCCAGUAUAAAAACACUGCACGCCAGUAUGCUUACUUCUACAAACUGGUACAGACUCAUCCCACUGCCAGCAAGCUGCCCUUGAAGGACUGCUUCACAUUUGAUGACUACAGGUGGGCCGUAUCGUCUGUGAUGACCCGUCAGAAUCAAAUCCCUACUGAGGAUGGCAGCAGAGUCACCCUGGCCCUCAUUCCUCUCUGGGACAUGUGCAACCACACAAAUGGACUGAUCACCACCGGAUACAACCUAGAGGAUGAUCGCUGCGAGUGUGUGGCACUGCAGGACUAUAAGGAGAACGAACAGAUCUACAUCUUUUAUGGCACAAGAUCCAAUGCCGAGUUUGUAAUCCACAAUGGCUUCUUCUUCCAAGACGACGCCCACGACCGGGUGAAGAUCAAGCUUGGUGUUAGUAAAAGUGAACGCCUGUAUGCCAUGAAGGCUGAAGUUCUGGCGAGAGCUGGCAUCCCAGCCUCCUAUGUUUUUGCUCUGCACUGCAAUGAACCCCCAAUUUCAGCCCAGCUCCUCGCCUUCCUACGAGUCUUCUGCAUGACAGAGGAUGAACUAAAGUACUACCUGCUCGGAGAUCGUGCCAUCAAUAAGAUCUUCACCCUGGGCAACAGCGAGUUCCCUGUGAGCUGGGAGAACGAGAUCAAGUUGUGGACAUUCCUCGAGACUCGGGCUGCUCUUCUGCUCAAGACCUACAAGACCACGUCAGAGGAGGACCGCUCCAUGCUGGAGAAGCCUGAUCUGUCUCUUCAUUCCCGCAUGGCUAUCCAACUCCGCCUGGCUGAGAAGCAGAUCCUAGAGAAGGCGCUGGCUUGUGGCCGGGCCAAACGUCUGUAUUUCCAGAAAAAGCUGGAGGAGGGGGCGUCGCUGCCUUGUUAUGAGGAAAGUGAUAUCGCUUUGCUGGAGAAUACUGAAGCGGAUGCAAAACUUCCAGUUAUCCUGCGUAAGGUGGAGGAAGGCCAGGAGAUCCAGGUGGAUGAGGACAGUCCUCUCCUGAAUGGGAUGAAGGUGGUGUACGGGACUAACGCAGAGGCUAAUGGAGAACGAGAUCAGGACAAUAAUGUCAGCACAGAUGUUAACUCUGCUUUGGCCUCGAUGGAAUGUUCGAGCCAAAGGGAAGAAGCUAACCUAAGUGCCAGUCGAACUGAAGACGAACCCAAAGAGAACACUGUUUAAAUAAUUCCAGCAACUGCCACACUCCAUGCUAUUUAUUUAUUUUUGUGUCUCUUCAAUGACUCAGAAAAAUAGCUGAAACAAGAAAUUGAAUUAAAAGUCAUGGAACUUGUGUGUGUGUUCAUCUAGUGUGGCUUUUGUUAGUGCUUGAUUGCUGAAUUGCCUUCCAGGCUUCUAUGCAGAAGAUGUUUUUUAUUACAGUGGAGUUUAGUUACCUUUGAAACACAGGUGUAAACUGAAAGUGCAUGGGAGGAAACCAAAGGAAGGUACCACAGAACAGCACCUCGAGGCGACUGUUGAUUUGGCACUAUUUAAAAUUGAACAGGUUCUAGAAAAAGGAGGAAAAGGUUUUAGCUGAAUAUCUCUACAAAGCCAAAAUCUCCCUGUGAUGUGAAUGUGUUGGUUUGUGUGUGCACUACUCUGGUUAAUGGAAGAACGCAGAGUGCUCUGUAGGCAAAGGUGUUCAAAAUAACACGCUGAUCUGGAAGAUUUUGUUUUUGCAUUGGAAUAUUAUUAUUUAGCAUUUUAAGAAGUAACUAGGUAAUCUGUAGUGUAAGCUGCACUGAUUAGGAGUAGUUGUGGCUACAGUGAGACCUACGCGAUGAAGCCGUACAGCAGCAGCGACUCGGUGAGGCAGGGAACGCCUUUGGAAGCUUUUUCUUCACCCGCCUUAAAAAUGUGCUCGUCCAAUCACUGACAUGUGACACGUGGAAACAAAGAAGUGUCGUUCUCUAGGUCGGCAUUGAUUGAAGGAGUGGCCUCAGUAACUGUGUCUGUGCUGAUCGCGACUGAAAAUCUGACAGGCCUGCAAUGUAACAGUUUACCUGCGGCAGACUGUGGGUGUCAGGGCUUACCACACUGGUGAUUUCAAACUAAGUGAAUGUGGCAGCUUUGUAGGUCUUAUAGGGAUGCAGACCGAGGCCUCAGAACCUGUUUGAAUGAGUCCGUUCUGACGCUGCACCAAAGAUGUUGGACAUUACCUAGGAACUAAUUUGCAUAAAGCUCUGGCAAUUGUAUCUUCUUUUCAACAUGUCUUCCUCAGUACAUUUCUUGGUUCCUAUUAAAAUUUAAAGCACGUA